CAGCCCCCUUUCCGCGCGCCAUCUUGUCCCCGCAACAGAGUGCCUCGAGUGCGUCUUCAUUAAAAAAACAACAACGGUUAAACGGUCCAAAUUCUUCUUCGAAUGAAUUAAGAGACGUUAUUCCACCGAUUGUUCACCUCGUCGGCGCGUCUCCGCACUAUUCGUGAGGUGAAUCGAUCGUUUAUAUCCCGUUUCGUUCUUUUUAAUGGCUUUGUGAACGAACAGCCAUGGCGGUAAGUCAGCAGCAGCAGGCCGUGAGCAAACCGGCCGGCGGGAAACACGGCAACGUUUUGCCGUUAUGGGGCAACGAGAAAACCAUGAACCUGAACCCGAUGAUCUUGACCAACGUGCUUUCGUCGCCGUACUUCAAGGUCCAGCUGUACGAGCUCAAGACGUACCACGAGGUGGUGGACGAGAUUUACUUCAAGGUCAACCAUGUGGAGCCGUGGGAAAAAGGCAGCCGAAAGACUGCGGGCCAGACGGGAAUGUGCGGAGGGGUGAGAGGAGUCGGAACGGGUGGGAUUGUGUCCACGGCGUUCUGCUUGCUGUAUAAGCUAUUCACACUGAAACUGACCCGCAAACAAGUGAUGGGUCUCAUCACUCACACAGAUUCGCCCUAUAUCAGGGCACUGGGCUUUAUGUACAUCAGAUAUACACAGCCUCCUCCUGACCUGAUUGACUGGUAUGAUGAGUUCCUUGACGACGAGGAGGAGUUGGAUGUGAAGGCAGGAGGAGGGUGUAUGAUGACGAUCGGUGAAAUGGUCCGCUCCUUCCUGACCAAACUGGAAUGGUUCUCAACACUGUUCCCACGUAUACCUGUUCCUGUUCAGAAGGCAAUCGAUCAACACAUGAAGAGCCGACCACGUAAACCUCCGCAAAGAGAUGAGCAGGAGGAGGAGAAGGUGGCCGAUUCUGGAAGGCAUGCAGAUAGGCGCUGUUCCAGGACUCCUAGGAAAAGUCCUAGCCCCAGGAGAUCCCAGAACCGGUCCCGGAGUCGCAGCCACCACAGAGAAAGGCGUGGUGCCAGCUUUGACCGAGAAUUGGAGAAAGAACGAGACCGGCAGCACAAAGAAAGGGAGGGGAAGGACCGAGAUAGAGAGAGAGACAGGGAUAGAGAGCGAGAUAGGGAGAGACGACGUUCCAGAACGCCAGAUCGAACGGCAGAACGCAGGGAAAGACGCCGAAGUCGCAGUGCAAGCCGGGAGAGACGCAACGAGAGGAAAGACAGAGAGAAAGAGAGGGAGGCAGAAAGUGAGCGCAGUCGCAGAAAAGACAAAGAACACCACAAAGACAGAGGUGAGAGAGAGAGGGAGCGGUCGAAAGACAAGAGGAGCAAAGGAGAGGGAGAUGAGAGGAGGCAUAAGGAGAAAGAGGAUAAAAAGCACCGGGAUGAGAAGAGAAGUAAACGCUCAAGGAGCAAAAGCAGAGACAGGAAGCACCGAACAGAGCGAUCUAGCAAGAAACGCUCUCGCUCCGGCAGCCGUAGCAGACAGGAAGCAGGGGAAGAAAGGAACAGGAAGCGGGAACACAGCCUUAGUAAGGAACGGCCACACAAGCGCAGUCGCAGUAAAGAGCGCUCACAUGAUCGAGAACAUGUAAAAACAGAGCACCACCUGAGCCACAGUCCUGAACCAGAAGAGCGAACAAACAGUGUUCGAGCAGAGUCUCCCUGAUCCCAGUUUCUCUUGAAUUCCCUCUUCAUGCCAGUCCCAAUGUCUAUAUCUUUAUCCUCUAGAGCACCACUUAAGUAAACAAAUAGAAAUGCCUGGAUAUCCCCCCCACACCCAUUGUUAUCAGCCACUUGUGUAGAUAUCAACAUUUUCUUUUCUAUCUGUUGCCUGUUACAGAUAUCAGGACUGAAGAUGACUUUUUAAAAUCCUUUUAUUUUUUAUUUCCAUUUCCCCCCAAUUUGUUUUCAGGAUUCUCACAAAUGGCUUUGUACAUACAGCUCAGAGAAUGUUUUAAAUUUGAACAUGGCAACCACAGAGUUCAGUUUGUGGCACAGGCUGAUAAGGGCUGUGCUGCCAUUGUGC